AUGGCGGGGCUCGGGGCAGCGCAGGCGACGACGAUAGGCGCAGCGGUGCGAGGAGUGGGGGUGGGGCGCUGUCGGGGGCUGCCCGGGGCGCGAUGGCCGGCUGUGCAGCAGAAGCAGAGCAGCUGCAGCAGCAAGGGGGUGCACGCCGGCGGGUGUCGGAGCGAGGCAAGGAGGAGGGCCGCGGGCGUAGCGGGAGGCGGCGCCGAAGAGGGCGCGACCAGAAGCGAGGACGGCAGUAGGCGACAGAGGCGAGCAAGCGGGCGGGGCGCGCGGUCCGGGGCAAUGGCCGGAGUGGCCACGGGCGGCAACGGCAGAAGUGGGCAGCUGCGAGCCCAUCCCCGCGCGGACGCGCGCGCGAGGGGUUCAGCCACGGUGAGCGAGCAGCGGGAGGCGGCGGGCGGUCAGGCGCGUACGCGUGCGUGCGCAUGGGGAAAAGGGGAGAGGAGGAGAGGUUGGGGAGCUCACGAGGGUUGUGUAGGGUUCGGGCAGCGGGGGUCGAGGAGGAAGACGGGGUCGAGGCGGGGCAGCUCUGGCGAGGCCGUGGCGGUACGAGGCGGGGAGGUGACGGUGACGAGGUCCUCGGGUGGCAGCGUGGUGACGGUAGGCGAGGCCGAUGGCGUGCGACGAAGGAAUGGUGGGGCGGGGCAGUCCGGCGACGGCGGGGCGGCGUCGGGUUUUGGGCACCGACGUCAGGCUCGAGGGUGA